AGUGAAAACACCUUAUUCACACAAAGCGUCUGCGUAUGACUUAAAGAUCCAUUUUCUGCAACACUGCUGUGAAUUUGUGAGGCAAUGCUUAAUUUCACUGAGAAACCUUCAAGUCAACUAAAUACUGCACACUACUGUGUGGGUUUGCAGGGAAUUUGACUCCUAAAUUGAUCAGUUAUAAAAACCUACAUUUUCCGGUUAAAACUAAAGCAAAACUACUUGAAACUGUUCCAUGAAGUCCCAGAAAACUUUGGGGAGAGUGUGGAGGUAUUCGUGCUGGGCCAUCCAAGCACACUGAAAUUGGACAGUCCAGGGUUUCUUAAUGCGUCCAUUCGAAAAACUUGUCCGUCCAAUCCUUGAGCAGCUCCGCUGCAGUGGCUCCUCCUCUCCGCCGCCUGCUCCCACAUGUAACGUUAUCACCCCGUCUCUCCGUCUGUUGCAUUGUCUCAUUGGGGACGCAGCGCUGAGUCCAGCACCACGAUGAGUCCAGCGAGCUUCUGAGUGACAGGGGGAAAAAGGGAUGUCAACGCGAAAUCAAAGCUGGAUUAUAAUGAGACACGAGUCGUUGAUGUUUCCUCAGUGGAUUCAUUAAUUUUAGUCUUGUGUCAGCGCGGCACCCUAAAAGCUGCAGGCUACAUGGCACGUUACAGAUGGACAGGGUUAUAGUCUAUUUCACUUAAUGCUGCGUAAAUUCAAGCCGCUGCCAUGUUAAUAUCACUCGUCCGGACUCGUGUCGUCCUGUCCGCUUCUGGACUUUAGCUCAUUCACCCGCCGUUGUCCGUUGUGCCGUAACUGAACGGUGGGCAGCGGUGCGCCCUGCUCCGCCUGUCGGCACUCUCGACGAGGAUGGCCGCCCGCCGCGGCUACGUGAACUCGCUCUGGUCGGGCACCGAGCGCGUCCGCAUCGGAGAGCGCCUCAAAGCGACGCUGGCUGGGGUGCUGGAGCUGGAGCUGCUCAGAUGCAAACACCUGGAGAUGGUGGACGGUGUUCUGGCAGACCGAGGGUCUGCUGCCACCAACGCUGAGGAGCCACGGGGAGAAGAGGGGAGCGGAACCUCUGACUGCGCCGCUUCGGAUCCCGAGCAGGGCUCUGCGACAUCCCGCAGGCAACAGGCCGCCUCUCCUUCAGAUACGAUGGUGUUGCCCUGUCAGAGCAGCCCAGAGGACUGUGGCAGUAACUCGGGGGAUGCCACAGUCCACUCUUCCUCCGGAAGGGGGAGUAACUCAAGGUGGUCUACCCUGUCCUGGGACACCCCAUCUGACUUGCUCUCUCCUCCAACCCCGGACCCUGGUGGUAUGGUCCACCUGGAUAGUGACUCUAGACCUAGUUCAGGUUUCUAUUCAGUAAGUGGGAGCUCUCUGUCGGAUUCCUGCUACUCUGUGUCCAGCGACGUUGCCCAUGGAGGACCGACGCCACCUGUCAGACCCCUGAAGUUGUGGGAACAGGUUCCAGUUUCUGCUGAAAACGCUGACAUCCUGUGGUCAGAAGGUGUGGUGCAGCUACAGCAGCCUGCACCUGAGAACAGCCCAGAAGAUGUUGAACCAACACAAGGGACACCAGUUUCAGUCUCAAGAGACCUUGAUGCCACUGGUCUGAGCUUUUUGUCUGAUCUUUGCUCAGGACUUGGUGACUCCCUAAUUUCUUACAUCAUCCCGCUUCUUAACACCUCUUCCUCCCCCUCCCCCUUUCAGUCAAAGCCCCAGCUAGACCCCCGCUACUGCACUGACCUGGUGUCCCGUCGGACCAAAGAGGUGUAUUCUUACCCGAGCCCACUGCAUGCUGUUGCCCUCCAAAGUCCCCUCUUCACCUCCCCGAACCAGGAGCCAUCAACUUCUACAAACCCUGAGGGACCCCCGCACGAUGAAUCAGCAGAGCCAAACACUGAACCUCUUCAGCCUCAGCAGCCUCCCCCACUGGCCUCUGUCACUCAUUUGGAGCAGUAUAUAUCACGGCUUUCUCGCCAGUACCACACCCGGGUAACCUCCUCCACCUUUGAUCUCACAUCCACUGCCACCCCUGGUCUAGUAACACACAAAGGUCUUUGUACCCCUGGCAAAAGCCUUGGCUCCACCCAGUCCCUGUCUGCCUUUGAGAGCCGCAAUGCACCCUCCACUGUGCCGGGGGGCAGUAUCACACCCUGUAAGUCACUGCUGGGGAACUCAGCUAGAGUUAGCCUCAGUACAACGGGAAAAAAAGGCACCAGGAAUUCAAUCAACCUGGGUAACCUUCCAUCAGCAACCGGUGAGGACUUGAACAUAAAUCUGCAUCUCAACCUCAACUUGAAUCUGACUCCUGGUCUGAACUCCAGCUGUGGGCUGGUAGACAAUCCCAAAAAUGGGAGUCGUGGAGCUCUAAAAGGUGAAUUUGCUACAACCCCUUCUGCCUCUGCCACUUCACUCUCUUCUUCAACACCUACCCCAGCACUGAGGUCUCGCUCUCGCAUUUCAACCUGCCCAAGCAGCCUGAGCCACCGCAGUUCCCUGGAAGUCCCCUCUGGUUCAGGAGCCAGUUCUGCAUUUGGGUCUUCAGCCUUCUGUCGCUCAUUAGACUGGAGCUGUGGAGCGCCACCUGAGACUGGACAAUCAGUGUUUGGUACAAACACUGCAUCAGCUCCUGGGUCUCAGCGCAGCAGCUUAAUCCAAGAAUCUAGCUCUAGUCCAAAACUAAGUGAAGACUCCUCCAUAGUGGAAGAGAUCUCUCGCCUCUCUGGUCUUUCAAGGGCUGUUGUGGUAGGACUGAUGGAGCAAGGUGUGGAGCUGGAUAUCGACUGUUUCCAAACACAUUCCGCAGGUGAGGUGAGGGGCCACGGUAAAACUCACCUAACAACACAGAAAGAUCCGUCACAUGACUAUGCCAGACUGUCAGAAGUGAAUCCUCAGAGACCGAUACAGCUCUCCCUCAGUGUUACCCAUUCUCCACAGUCACAGACUAGCCUCACCCCUCCUCUCUCACACUCCAGCAGCCCUAUACACCCUUACCAGUCUAAACAUAUUCCAUCUCCACACUAUCCACAUUACCACUACCAGCACAUCCCUUCCCCAUCUGAACUUCCCUCCUCUACUGCCUCCUCCCCUGCCUCACAUCCCACCCCUAGGGCUCACUCCCCUCCACGUCCUCUCCAGCCAUCCCCUUUGGGUGCCACCCCCCUCUCAGUUUUCCGACGAGAUUCACCCUUCCAAUGCUCCUUGCCCCACAACAACUCUAGAACUUCCCCCUUGGAGCAUGGAGGCAUUCAACCAAGAGGGGGAUCACUUCGGCAGAGUGCGGGAGGAAGUGACGGUGCAAGCAGGUGGAAGAGGAUGGAGGGAGAGGGGCUCUACAGAGGGAAGCACAACUCUCAUAAGCUGGUGAGGGCAGCCACUGUUAGCAGCUAUGCGAAGAGAGAGGACUACAACUUAGUGUGGGCUGAGGAAGAGGAAAGGGCAAGAUCAGCAGCCCAGACACCCAGGAGGUCCUCCAGCAAGCUCUGGAGGGGCUUUGACGGACGCCUCUGGGGCAAAGAGUCUGAAAGCGAAAAGGAGGAGAAGGACCGAGCUGAGUACGGUUAUGGCUGGAGGAGGAACAGCGUUGGAAGCUGGAGGCGGGAGCACCAAAGGGUGAAGGCUUCAUCCAGUAGUGUGGACAAGAAGCCAAAAGUAGAUAACUCCCCCAUCUUUUCAAGGAAGAGAGGGAAAGAAGAUGGGGAGGGACGCAGCUCCAGCCUCAGACUUUCUAGGAGGGCUCUGUUCAGGAGUGAGUCCCAGGGCUUGCUUGUACCCCGUAACUACAGUGAGGAGCCCACAAGGCGUGCACACUGGGUCUCCUCCUUAGAUGUGGGGCAAGGCGGCAUGGGGAUCAGCAAAAAUGAAGGAGUCAGACUACUGAGGGCAAAGGAGGAGGACAAACGGCUGUCCUCCACUGCCAGCCUCUUUAACCUCUCUCGUUCUCAGAGUCUCGAGGGCAGCUGCCAGUCACUAUCCCCUCUGUCCUCCCCUUCAUUUUCUCCUUCUCCUCCACGGAUGAACCUCCAGCGAUCUCGAUCACUGAGGGAUUUGGGGAGGAGAGUGUUUGGCUCGAUGAGGUCCCUGAGUCUUAAAAGGAAGCCAUCAAAAAAGUGACAUUUGAACAGUUGAUUAGGAUAGCAGUAGACAUGUUACAUUCAGAACACCUGUUGAGCUUAAUAUUAUAUUUUACAGGAAAAGAAAGUGCCAUAAUUUUUUUAAAGUUUAUUGACUUAUUAGCGAGAAACACUGGUUCUCUAAUCAGCCAGUUGUUUUAUACAUCACCAAAUGGAAGCUCCUCUCAGGCACAUAGUCUGUAAAACUUGCCAUUAAUUUUGUUCAUGGUUUAAGGGAACCGAUCAAGUAAUGUUUUUUGUAAAUUUUAAAGACAUAGCCACUUUUUAUGUCUUAAAUCUAAAAGCACGACACCCAAAAUCCACCCAAACAUUCUGCAGCGUAAAUGGAGAACAUCAAAGUUCAGUCAUUUUUAUAAAGCAUGGAUCAAAAGUGCAAGGGACUGCAGCACUGCUAAGAGAAAUUUAAAUGAAAGAAUAUUUGAACAUUUAUCUGUGAAUAAUUCUUUUAAGGAGUUGAAAAGAACUACAGACAUUUUAAAAUCUUCCUCUGUGUUUUUAAUAAAGUUUAAUAGUGUGAACGCUGUUUCCAGGAUGUAUUAGCCAAACAACACCACUACUCUGGGAAAAAAAAAUGCUUAAUUUUAAUGGUACUGAAUAUGAACUUAUUAGUGGCUGUGAGAAGCUUCUCUAGAUAAAUGGUCAAAUUCUCCUGUAACCAUUAGAAUGGAUGUGUAUGCAUACUUCCCCCUGCAUGCUGCUCUGUGACUUGUUAAGUGAUUAUAUCUAUUGUGAGAAUGUGAUAUUCUUCUUUGAUUAUGGGCAAUAAUGCCACUGGAGUACAAUCAUAUUGGCCGGAUAAUGACCAAAACCAAGCAAAUACUCUUUAACUUGUUCUUUUGCUCAGGAUUUUUAAAUAAAUAUCAAAUUAUUAAAAUAAAGAUGAGCUGUAUGAAGUUCAU